CCUCCACCAAUGCCUCCUGCCGCCGUAGCCCCGACUGGUGCCGGCAGCGUCUCAGCCAUGUAUGGUGCUCCGAUGCCCAUGUUUGGCCAACCUGUCCCUGCUUAUGGCUAUUCCAUGGACCCGAACGCCUGGCAGCAGCAGCCCAUUCCGUCGCAGGGACAGCCAACACAUCCCAACCUCCAGCAACCUCUACCGCCACAGCAUAUACCGAAUCUCAGUGUCUACGGUGAUGGUGGCUCCUCUGAUGCUGAUGACGACACGCCACCUCCUCCGACAAACUCUUCUGCCGCCACUUACAAUGCGGGCUGA